AUGGCGGAACACUGGUCGUGGUUGACGGGCAGCGAGACGGCAGAGUACACGUACAGCCCGCCCACGCGGCCCAGCCGCCCGCCCCACCGCCCGCUCGUCAAGCUGGCCACCAGCGCUCAUCUGCACACCAUCGCCAGCGAGACGGCAGAGUACACGUACAGCCCGCCCACGCGGCCCAGCCGCCCGCCCCACCGCCCGCUCGUCAAGCUGGCCACCAGCGCUCAUCUGCACACCAUCGCCAGCGAGACGGCAGAGUACACGUACAGCCCGCCCACGCGGCCCAGCCGCCCGCCCCACCGCCCGCUCGUCAAGCUGGCCACCAGCGCUCAUCUGCACACCAUCGCCAGCGAGACGGCAGAGUACACGUACAGCCCGCCCACGCGGCCCAGCCGCCCGCCCCACCGCCCGCUCGUCAAGCUGGCCACCAGCGCUCAUCUGCACACCAUCGCCAGCGAGACGGCAGAGUACACGUACAGCCCGCCCACGCGGCCCAGCCGCCCGCCCCACCGCCCGCUCGUCAAGCUGGCCACCAGCGCUCAUCUGCACACCAUCGCCAGCGAGACGGCAGAGUACACGUACAGCCCGCCCACGCGGCCCAGCCGCCCGCCCCACCGCCCGCUCGUCAAGCUGGCCACCAGCGCUCAUCUGCACACCAUCGCCAGCGAGACGGCAGAGUACACGUACAGCCCGCCCACGCGGCCCAGCCGCCCGCCCCACCGCCCGCUCGUCAAGCUGGCCACCAGCGCUCAUCUGCACACCAUCGCCAGCGAGACGGCAGAGUACACGUACAGCCCGCCCACGCGGCCCAGCCGCCCGCCCCACCGCCCGCUCGUCAAGCUGGCCACCAGCGCUCAUCUGCACACCAUCGCCAGCGAGACGGCAGAGUACACGUACAGCCCGCCCACGCGGCCCAGCCGCCCGCCCCACCGCCCGCUCGUCAAGCUGGCCACCAGCGCUCAUCUGCACACCAUCGCCAGCGAGACGGCAGAGUACACGUACAGCCCGCCCACGCGGCCCAGCCGCCCGCCCCACCGCCCGCUCGUCAAGCUGGCCACCAGCGCUCAUCUGCACACCAUCGCCAGCGAGACGGCAGAGUACACGUACAGCCCGCCCACGCGGCCCAGCCGCCCGCCCCACCGCCCGCUCGUCAAGCUGGCCACCAGCGCUCAUCUGCACACCAUCGCCAGCGAGACGGCAGAGUACACGUACAGCCCGCCCACGCGGCCCAGCCGCCCGCCCCACCGCCCGCUCGUCAAGCUGGCCACCAGCGCUCAUCUGCACACCAUCGCCAGCGAGACGGCAGAGUACACGUACAGCCCGCCCACGCGGCCCAGCCGCCCGCCCCACCGCCCGCUCGUCAAGCUGGCCACCAGCGCUCAUCUGCACACCAUCGCCAGCGAGACGGCAGAGUACACGUACAGCCCGCCCACGCGGCCCAGCCGCCCGCCCCACCGCCCGCUCGUCAAGCUGGCCACCAGCGCUCAUCUGCACACCAUCGCCAGCGAGACGGCAGAGUACACGUACAGCCCGCCCACGCGGCCCAGCCGCCCGCCCCACCGCCCGCUCGUCAAGCUGGCCACCAGCGCUCAUCUGCACGCCAUCGCCAGCGAGACGGCAGAGUACACGUACAGCCCGCCCACGCGGCCCAGCCGCCCGCCCCACCGGCCGCUCGUCAAGCUGGCCACCAGCGCUCAUCUGCACACCAUCGCCAGCGAGACGGCAGAGUACACGUACAGCCCGCCCACGCGGCCCAGCCGCCCGCCCCACCGCCCGCUCGUCAAGCUGGCCACCAGCGCUCAUCUGCACACCAUCGCCAGCGAGACGGCAGAGUACACGUACAGCCCGCCCACGCGGCCCAGCCGCCCGCCCCACCGCCCGCUCGUCAAGCUGGCCACCAGCGCUCAUCUGCACACCAUCGCCAGCGAGACGGCAGAGUACACGUACAGCCCGCCCACGCGGCCCAGCCGCCCGCCCCACCGCCCGCUCGUCAAGCUGGCCACCAGCGCUCAUCUGCACACCAUCGCCAGCGAGACGGCAGAGUACACGUACAGCCCGCCCACGCGGCCCAGCCGCCCGCCCCACCGCCCGCUCGUCAAGCUGGCCACCAGCGCUCAUCUGCACACCAUCGCCAGCGAGACGGCAGAGUACACGUACAGCCCGCCCACGCGGCCCAGCCGCCCGCCCCACCGCCCGCUCGUCAAGCUGGCCACCAGCGCUCAUCUGCACACCAUCGCCAGCGAGACGGCAGAGUACACGUACAGCCCGCCCACGCGGCCCAGCCGCCCGCCCCACCGGCCGCUCGUCAAGCUGGCCACCAGCGCUCAUCUGCACACCAUCGCCAGCGAGACGGCAGAGUACACGUACAGCCCGCCCAUGCGGCCCAGCCGCCCGCCCCACCGCCCGCUCGUCAAGCUGGCCACCAGCGCUCAUCUGCACACCAUCGCCAGCGAGACGGCAGAGUACACGUACAGCCCGCCCACGCGGCCCAGCCGCCCGCCCCACCGGCCGCUCGUCAAGCUGGCCACCAGCGCUCAUCUGCACACCAUCGCCAGCGAGACGGCAGAGUACACGUACAGCCCGCCCAUGCGGCCCAGCCGCCCGCCCCACCGCCCGCUCGUCAAGCUGGCCACCAGCGCUCAUCUGCACACCAUCGCCAGGUGA